AUGUACUCUAUAUCCCGUGGACAGGGCAAAACAACUGUGACAGGUGUUCCUUUAAUAAUGACGGGUGAUUUCAAAUCGCCGGUUCAUUCGGGAUCACGAUCUCAAACACCGGAUUCUCCUGUACCUACUAAAAAGAAACGACGUGGAAAUGCUUCAACCGCGCCUCCCCGAAGUUCCCCCAGUGUUCCUGAUCUCGCCCCACCCCCGAUGCCAGGUUAUGGUGACACGAUCAUCGCUUCCAAUCCGUUUGACGAUACGCCGUCGCAUCCUAUGCAACAGCAACCCCCUCAACAAUACCCUGGUCCUCCACCGCCACAGAUGAUGGGAGGUCGCAUGCCUGGGCCCAUGGGUGGCAUGGGAGGACCGAUGGGUCCCAUGGGAGGAAUGAUGGGCCCGCACCCGGGCAUGAUGGGUCCAUCACAAUGCCCUCCGAAUUGCAUGAGUUGUCCUCCAGAUUUACACCGACCGAAUUACGGUGGACCGGGGCCUAUGGGCCCGGGAAUGGGCAUGCCGAAUCACAUCGGACCUCCGCCUAUGGGCAUGGGCCCAAAACCUAUGCCUGUGACCUCAGGAAAGAUUUAUCCUCCAGAUCAACCGAUGGUAUUCAAUCCUCAAAACCCCAACGCCCCGCCAAUUUACCCAUGCGGCAUUUGUCACAAGGAAGUCCACGACAAUGAUCAAGCUAUUCUUUGCGAAUCUGGGUGCAAUUUCUGGUUUCAUCGCAUCUGCACGGGGCUGACUGAACCUGCCUUCCAUCUUCUCACCGCCGAAGUUUACGCAGAAUGGAGUGCUUUUGUUAUAGAUUUUGUUUGGUUGGAUUUGCUCAAAAGCUUGGUAUUAAAAAGUGUUAUUUAUGCGAUGUUGAGAACUGCGUUGAAUAGGAAGUUGAAGUCGGAAGUGCCGCGGUAUCCGAUUUCGUUGGAUUCGGAAGAUGAGGAAGAGUUGAUCGCCAGUUUGCCAGUCGUUGAAGGAAAGUCCUUCGCAGGAGACGAUGGCUGUGGAGAAACUGACGCAGAUUUCGUCAUCGACGACUGUCCGAGAGUUGAUGACGUGGAAAUUUCGAAUGCCGUAAAAGUCAAGACUUUUGCGUCGCUGAAAAAAGGGGUGAAGGAAAGUACAUUCUCAUCCUGCCUGCAAACCCUUGGAAUUUCGUACCUUGGGAGAUCGGAAGUCUUACGCAGACAAUCUGCCGAGAAACUGGUCAACAAGUGCUCGGUCGUCACUCCUGAAAUGUCCGUACAGUCUAUGGAACCGAUUGCUGCUGCGGAAUUACCUGAUGCGGCUUUGCGGAAAAAACGGAAGAUGUCGCUGGUAGUUUUCCUUAAGAUUGAGAGAGAAAAAACCAAAGGAAGUUUAUGGUACGAUAUGCCUGCAUCAGAGAUGACGGAAGAACGCAAAAGAGAUCUCGAGGUACUGCGGAAUGUGCAUUUGUUGGAUCCGAAGCGUUUCUACAAGAAACCCGACUUGAAGAACACGUUGCCCAAGUACUUCCAGUUCGGCAAAGUACUGGAUAAUCCGCUGGACUUUUACUCGUCGCGUGUUCCCAAGAAGCAAAGGAAGAGGACAAUAGUGGAAGAGCUGUUGGCUGACCCGGAUUUCAAUCGAUACCGAAAGCGGAAAAUGGAGGAGAUACACACGCGGAUCAAGCGGAAGAAGACGAAAGCGGAGAAGUAUGCGAAGCGUUUACGAAUACGAAUUGCUGCAAAUGAUGGAGAAUCCUGCGUGGUAGCAGGUUUUCCUUCUGUGUUGCUCGUCACGAUGGCGUCGAGUAAAAGAGCAGUGCGCCAAGAAGAUACAAAUCUUACAAAACUUCGCGAAAUCGGUGCGCGACUCGAGAAUAAAACGUGUUUCGACUGCGGACAAAAAGGUCCGACUUACGUGAAUACGACAAUUGGCUCAUUCGUCUGUACCCACUGUUCAGGGCUCCUACGAGGUCUGACUCCUCCACACCGAGUCAAGUCAAUAUCCAUGGCGUCUUUUACACCCGAGGAAUUGGAUAAUCUCUCAAAACACGGUAACCACUUUUGCCGGGGAGUGUGGCUCGGGAGUUACGACGAAAAGCUAGGUUAUCCAGAUUUUAAAGACGAACACAAAGUUCGUGAUUUUAUGAUCGCGAAAUACGAGAAGAAAAAGUAUUACGUUGAUCCGUCGAUUGUGGAACGUUUGGAGAAAACCUCACCAAAAUCUGGAGCCAAGCCACUGGCUUCUUUAGUUCCCCAAGUCAGUCCACUGAACGUACGUGGAACAAAUUCUACCCCUAGUGCGAGUGCUUUUGACGCGUGGAAGACCACCCCAAAAUCGAAUGCGGAUUCCGGAGGCGUGAAGCCGAAAUUCGAUCCUUUCGGAUCACUUCCGAACACUCCUACACAUUCUGCGAUAAGUCAGCCGAACUUCGCUGACUUCGACAACAACCCGGUCUUCCAAACUGCUGUGUUCGAUUUUCUCUGCGCGAACCCCGGGUGCCUCGGAGAACCCGUCACCCCGGACCCGUCAACGAAUCCCUUCCUCGAUGAUUUCGGACUAGUCCCGUUUGGCUCAAAGAGUGGAGCGUUGCAGCCGAUGACGUCGAUGUCGGCGUCCUCGGUGUGUCCGCCGUCGGCGGCAGGCGCCGCCACCGCCGCCGGGAUCUUUGGGUCUCCGCCUAUAGCCAACACUGCCGCCUCAUCCAACAGCACCACAGCCGCUGCCGCCGCCACGCCGCCCAAGAAGGAGGCUUUUGGUCCGGACCGCUACGCAGCUUUGGCUGACUUGGAUGAGUUGUUUAAGCAGACGUCGGUGUCGCCGCCGGAGCCGCCGAAACCUGAGCCGCAGACGCAUGCGUGGAUGAAGCCUGGUGGCGGCUUUCAGCAGCAGCACCACCACCAGCAGCAGCCGAACGGCGGCUUUCAACAGUCUAAUGGCGUCGUGCACAAUCCCUUUCAGCAUCCUUCGGGUGCAAACAGCGCUGGCCCUGCACCUGCCAAAUCAACGAAUCCUUUCGUUGCGAAUGGGGGCAAUGCUGAACUCGUUGAUAAUGGAGCAGAGGCUGACGACGGGCACCACGGCUCCGACAACAUCAAAGAACAACCCGUUUCUGUGAAGUGA